AUGCAGCUCGCUCCAUGUUCUUCGCAUCCGCCAUCUUGGAUUCAAAGUGGCAAGGACUUUAGAAUAGUGUGGGAAAAUGACUUCAUUAUUGCUUCGUUCCAUCCGCUCUAGUACUAUAAGACCAUGCAUGAGACUUAUGAACUCUCGAUUAACUCCUGCUAUUAUUUCCAGAGGUCUGGCGACAGAAAAAGAUUCUAAACCAAGUAUUGCAACUCCUGAGGAGAUGGCGACUGGCUUAGAGAAGCUUGAGUAUGACGCCGUCAUAUCUGGAAUUGAGGAUCCCUUCAGGCUUAAGAUGGCAACAGGACCUCCAGGAACGCUAGAAAAACCAACAGAAGUGCCCACAGCAUUUGGUGAACGUAUCGUUGGAUGCGUUUGUGAAGAAGAUGCAACAAUGAUCAAAUGGAUGUUAGUGAAGAAAGGAGAGCCACAAAGAUGUGACUGUGGCCACUAUUUUGUGAUUAAGGAUGCAAAUCCAAUUGAUAUUGCAUUAUAAAUCCAAACUAAAAUCCCUGUCUUGUUUAUUUUGAUUCCUUAUUGGAUUUUAAUUAGUUUUGUUAAAUACUGUAAGGAUUGCAUGGUGUAAGUGUGGCAUAUCUGUGUACAAAUUGUUGUACUUCAGUCUUGAUAUUGAAGCAUUAAAUUUAAAUUAAACAGA